CCAAAGAAAAGCUGCAUGUGUUUUGUUGAAGAAGGAAGAUUUUAGUCCAAAAAAAUCUCUUGAAAAAAUGACAGUGAGCGAAGGAGCCCUCUCUACGAGGGUUAUACAAGUAACAAACGUUGCUCCUAACGCUACAACUGACCAAAUGAGGAUUUUAUUUGGCUUUCUUGGCGAGAUUGAAGACUUGAAACUUUUCCCAGAGUACUCUGCCAUUCCAGUUCAGUCRCGGGUCUGUUUCGUGAAGUUUAAAGAGCCGUCAAGUACAGAUAUUGCACAACACCUCACCAACACUGUGUUUAUUGACAAGCAUCUGAUUAUCAUUCCAAUACCUGAAGAUUCUUUGACCAGACCAGAGAUGAUUGGAGAUGUUUCUACUGAAGGAACCUUGAUACCUCUACCUCACAUGGCACCGCAGAUUAUCACUACUGGUGGAACGACUAUUACUGUCCCAGCCUCAAUGCCGCAACCUCCUCCGUUGACUGAUGUCRCAGACUCUCACAAGUUGGAAGAAAUUCGCAGGACUGUAUUUGUCAGCAACAUGGACAAGAGUAUUUCUGCUGAGCAGCUUCUAUCUUUCUUUUCUGCCUGUGGAGAAGUCAAGUUUAUAAGACUCUUUGAAGAAGAAUCUGAGGAAACAAAGUGUGCCUACCUUGAGUUUACAGAGUCAUCGUCUGUUCUCACAGCACUACAGUACAACAGUGUCUAUUUUGGUGGCCGUCAACUCAAAGUGAGUUAUUCCAAGCAUGCUAUUGUCAAGCCAGCAUCAAAGUAUGACAAGGAUAAAAACGACAGCGACAGAGGUUCAAGGAGAGAUCGCAGAAGUAGAAGCAGAUCCCGUUCAAGGUCAAGAAAGAAAACAAAGUCACGUUCUCCUUCUCGCAGACGCCGAACACGAUCACCAUCCUGGUCGAAAUCAAGAGGGCGUGGCAGAUCACGCUCGAGAUCUUGGGACAAGAGUAGAGACUCGUUCAGAGACCGAAGAAGGCGAUCACGUGAAAGGUCCUUGUCACGUGAUAGGAGCAGACGUUCAAGAAGCAGGGAAAGACGUCGGCCCCCUCCACGCUCCCCUGACAGAUCACGUGACAGAUCACGUGACAGAUCUCGAGACUAUGGGAAAAAAUCUAGGGAUCGAUCCCGAGAGAGAUCCCGCGAUAAAAGUCGUAGGUCGAAAGAGAAAUCCCGCGAGAGGUCCCGCGAAAAAUCAAAGGAAAAGUCUCCCGUAAGGUCCCGUGAGAGAUCCCGCGAUAAAUCUCGCAGGUCUAGAGAGAGAUCCCGCGAAAAAUCAAAAGAAAAGUCUCCCGUAAGGACCCGUGAGAGAUCCCGCGAUAGGUCACGCUCGAGGUCGGUGGAGAAAUCACGUGGUAGUCGAUCAAGGGGGAAGCCUCGUGAUAGGUCGAGGGAGAGAUCACGUGACAGGUCAAGAGAAAAGUCGACAGAAAAAUCAGCUGACAAGACCGAAGACGCGGCUGAAGAAGAGCCGGAAAAAAGUGCCAACAGGUCUGAUAAUGACAUGGACUUGGACGAAGACAGGCCAAGAAAGUCGAAAGAAAAGGACCGCGAACGAGAAAAGAGCCGUGAAAAAACUAGAGACAAGGAUCGUGACCGUGACAGGGAGCGUGACAGAGAUCGCGACCGUGACCGUGAUAAGGAUCGUAAAGAUCGUGACAAGGAUCGCCACCGUGAUAAGCGUGACCGUGAUCGUGACAGAGACCGUGAGCGUGACAUUGACUUAGAUCGUAAGCGAAGAUCAAGUCGUUCGCCGUCUGAAUCUCCAAGGCGCUCAAGACACCACAAGAGAAAGAAGGAGAAAAAGAGCAAAGACAAAGAAAGACGACGAAGAACAAGUGACUUUGAAGACAGUGAGGCCGAAAAAGUGAGUGACAAUGACAUGGAAAAUAAGACAAAAAAGAAAGGCCAUAGCAGCGAUGAAGAUCGAAGUGACCACGACUCUGAGUAUGAAAAAAGCAAGAAGAAAACCACCCAAGAAGCGACAAGCGAUGAUGACGAAGAAACGCCACGCAAGAAGAAGAAACGCAGCUACAAGAAAAAACCUGUUAGCGCCGGCGACUGCUACUCUGAUAGCAACUGAUUGGAUGGCUUUUUGACCAAUCACAUCUAGCAUGUUCCUAAAUCCCCCAACGAUGGUUAUCGAGGAAUGGAUAAGAUCUUCAUUUACUACUCUUCCCACUAGACCCAGACAGUGCUUUUUUUAUCGCGUUCGUAGCGUCUUUUAUGUGAUCCAGAAGUACAUUUCAAAUCGGCCACGUGAUGCCAAUGUUGUACCACGUGGACAAGUUUUUUACACCACGUGAUUAAAAUUCAGUCAAGUUUUAAUCACGUGGUGUAAAAAACUUGUCCUCGUGGUACAAAAUUGGCAUCACGUGGUCGAUUUGAAAUGCACUUCUGGAUAAUAUAACAGAUGCUACGAAGGCCAUUAAAAAAAUUCCAACUGCCUCGGUCUACUGAGAAGAGUAGUAAUUCAGCUAAACACAAAAGGAAUGGAGAUUGCAUUACUGAAAGUAUUUGCUGUCUUUGAUCAUUAUUUAACGUAGUAUAUUGACUAUUCAUGUAACCUAGGUAACUGACCUUAAUGUUGUGCUGCUGAGUGAUUAGAUGGUUUUUUCAUAGCCUUCAAAAUAUUUGUGCGUUGUGACAAAUGAUAGGUGAUAGAGAGACAUUCCUUGGGAAAAGUUUUUUUUCUUCCAUUUUUGUAAUGAUUUAAUGAGUGAAUAAAAACAUCAAGUGAAAAUUC